AAAAACCUGCUAAUUGGACUAUAUCUAAAUUAUGUACUUGUUGGGCAAUUGAAGCUAAAGUACUAAAACUUGCAUUUUCACAUAAAAUGACAGAAAAUCAUUAUAAAGAAUUGCAAGAAACACUUGAAUACGAAAAUAAAAUAUUGAUACAA